AUGGCGGCGCUUUUAAAAAAUAUUUUUCAAAUUUCCAAACAUUUCGGCCACAAUUUAGGCUUCUCGUCGCGUUUCUUUAGUUCUGAUGCUGUGAAAGAUGUGCAUAAUCGUUUAGUUGUUCCAUUUUCGUCUCAUAAUGUAAAACAUUUUGGUAAUUUAAGAGUUUUUAGUGAAAAUUUGGGCGUGCAUGUUACAGCCUCAAACUCAUAUGGAGAAGAAAGUCUUGUAGCAUUAUCGUUGGUUUCAGAUUGCACAGAUAAUUUAAAGGAGGAUUUAGUCGCCUUAAGAGAAUUUGUUUGCUGUAAUGUCGAUACAGAAGGUGAUGAAUUGUCCUACAUUACGAUACACACAGAUGCAAAUGCAAUCAUGCAGAAAUUCAAACCAUGUUUGUUAGAGAAAAUGAAACUACUGAUAAAUGUACCACAUUCUUAUGGACUUCUCAUUCAUUGUGCAUCUCAGCAAGCAGUUACUGUAGAAAAACUGGAAUGUGAUGGGAUUGAGAUUCACACAAAAGGAGAUUGUAUUUUGUCUGAACUUAAAAGCCAUUUAAUAACUGUGAACUCAGUCGUAGGUGAUAUUGUGAGCAAGUCCUCUCUGAUUGGUGACCUUACAUUCACCACUAGUGCCAAUGGUGGUGUUUGCUUAAGUAAAAUCCAAGGCAAUCAGAUAAAGAUAGUUACUGAAGAUGGUGAUGUUAGAGUUGCCAGUUUAUAUGGUGGUGAUGUUCUGAUAAACACUGAAUGUGGAAAUGUUACCAUCGGUGACGCUCAUGGCAACAUCGAUGUGACAUCGAGGUCCAGUGAUAUAAAUUGUGGUUCAAUAUCUGGUCAUCUUAACGCUGUUACUGAAGACGGAAAUAUCAUGAUUAAAUUAACUUCAGGAGGAAAUGUUUGGGCUACCAGCAGGAAUGGUAAUGCGACAAUAAAACUUGACUUGGGAUUGAAAUGCAGACUCGAGCUCUCGUCGAAAACGAUGAAUAUAUCCCCGGAUAUAAAUAUGAUAGAAUCUGAGAAGGUAAACGAUGAUGUUACAAGAUUAACUGGCGAAACACAAGGUGAUGGUAAGAAUUGUGCUAAAGUAAUGUGCAGUAAAGGAAAUAUUGAUUUACUUCAGGAAAGCUGGUUUGUUAUGCCUUAAAAUAAAUAGUCUCGUAUUAGCGGUAUUGCCCCCAAAACACAGAAAGGGCUGAGAAAGGACUAUACUCACUGUCUGAUUUAGGCGAAAUUAUUAUUUAGUUGUAAUAAA